AGCAGGGCUGUGACCACGCUGGUGGCACCACCAGAGCCCAAACCCCCUCCCUGGUGCAAGGUUUUGCCCAGCAAGCCCCUCCGGGCUGCCUGGUCCAGAGGGGACCCGCCACCAUCCACAGCCACAGCCGCAGGUGGAGCCAGCACCCGGGGAGAGGCGGCUGGUGGCCGAGUCCCAGACCACGCUGGCCCCUCGCCCUGCUGGCGCAGAGGCUCCCUGGCACCUCGGGGACCAGACACACCUCCGGCAGAGCGGAGCCGGGGGCUGAGGCUUUCCCUUUUUAGCUCCCCGGCUCACUGGUGCCAGCCACACUGCAGGACGGCAGCCGGCAGCCCCUCCGCGGCGAUGGAGCGGACUCCAAACCUGCUUCUCCUCUGCAUCUUCACCUUUGCCAUGGUCCUGGUCCCCGAAGCGAAGGACCAAAGCAAGGCAGCGAAGGGCAGGAGAAGGGGUCUGACGCGGCCCCCCACGGCUGCCCCUGCCCUCGCCUGGGCUCUGGACGACCCCUAUACCACCAUGGCAGACUACGAGCGCAGCAUCCAGGACAUGGUGCGCCAGCUGAGGAACAGCUCUGAGCCGGGAGACACCAAGUGCCAGGUCAACUUGAGGCUCUGGAGGUCCAACCGGAGGAGCCUAUCCCCCUGGGCCUACAGCAUAAACCACGACGCAACACGGAUCCCGGCAGACAUCCCUGAGGCCCGAUGCCUCUGCACUGGCUGUAUCAACCCCUUCACGAUGCAGGAGGACCGCACCAUGGCCAGCAUUCCCAUCUACAGCCGGCUGCCUGUCCGCCGGCUGCUCUGCCAGGUGCUGGACAAGGUGGGGCACAAGCCUUCUGGGAAGAAGUGUCACAAGAAGUACCAGAUGGUCAUGGAGACCAUCGCUGUGGGCUGCACCUGCAUCUUCUGAGGUUGCAAAACUAACCGCUGCAGCUACCUGUGGGCAUCUAACCAGCUUGCUCUUGCUUCCUGAGCUUGUCCAGCCCUCUCGGAGAGGGUCACCAGCUGAGCAUCAGGGUGAGAAGAGCCCUUGUGCAAGGCAAUUCCAGCUCCAAGAGUUCCCCAAAAUUCCCCUGCAGAAUCCAUCAGCCUCAGCCCAAGCAGCCACUUUCGUGACACCCGGUGUGGGGGCAGCCCCUGCAAGUCACCCAGCUACGCAGUCCCACGGCCGGCCUUGCAGCAAGACACUGCCCCGAGCCCCCUCACCUCCAGGGAGGAGCUCAGCAGGGCAGGCUAGGGGAGAGGAGGCAGCUGCCCACCAGUCCCUCCGGCUGGGCAGGAUCAGGCCUCCUCCCUCCCCAAAGUCCCUGUUUGCCUUUGUUCGCUCCAUCGGUGCAGCAGCUCCGGGAGCGCCCAACCCUCCCCAGUCCACCUCCAAGUUCCUCUGCGCUGGGCCAGGCAGCCCAGGGAGCGGGGCAAGCGGACGGUGGUUUGGCAGCUUCUGAGGUCUUCAAUAAAGCGCAUUGCUGGCCCCCGUCUGAGCCGCCCCCUGCCUCGGCCCAUCGCGC